AUGCCUCAGUUGUUCCAAGUUUUAAGAUGUUAUAAAUGUUUGGUUUUUCAAAUACACCAAACAAAAAAAUCAAAUAAAUUUCAAUGUAAGAUGUGUGGUGAGAAGCAGUCAAUUAAACGCCAUUAUGGCCUUGGUAGUGGUAAAGAGUGUAGACUUCAUGUUCAAAAAUUAAAUGCAGUUAGAGGGCAAACAGAAGAAGAAAAACUUGCUACAGUAUAUUCAGAAGACGAUAUUGAAGACUGUAUUGAAAAUAAUGAAAUUUUUAAUUCACUUGAACAACAAGGUAAAAGUAAAUGGUCAUCAUUUAUAGAAAAUAAUGAAGAUAAUUCGCAGGAUGUGAAUGAACCUAUGUUCCUAGACAAUAAAGAAGUGGUUUUGGAGAUACCCACAAAAAGAAAGAAAAUCAAAGAUCCUAAAUAUACACGUACUGUACCAAAUGCCACUUUUGAAGAUAAAAGUUAUAUUGAAAUUCAAAAUUAUUACAAACGCAGUGAAAUUAUUGAAAAUACUCCAUCUAUUGAUGAAAUAACUGAAUAUGUUAAAGUUACAGAACCAUGUUCAAAACCUCAUGAAAAACCUAACAACGUAAAUAAAAAUUUAGUCCAUCAUGAACCUAAAGUUCGAGCUCCUGUUCAAAAGUCCUCAAAAUGGGCUCAGUUUGUUGAACCUGAAAAUGACUUAGAACAUAUUAAUGCAUCUCAAGAAAUAAAUAUCAACCCCUCAUAUGGUGGUAAAAACCUUUUUGAAUUAUGUGAUGAUACUGACAUUGACACAAUAUUGAACAUUUAA